UCCCUCCCUCUCUCUCUCUGCGCCGCUGGCAGUCGAUCCCCAACGACGCUGGCAAUGGUGACGCCUCCGCCGUCGAAUCCUUCGAGCGCGUCCUCAGCAACUCCCUCCGCAAGAUUCCGUCGCAAUCUCCACCUCCCGAUGAGAUUCUGGCGUCGACCUCGUUGAUGCGCUCCCUCCUCGAGAUGCGCUCCCUCCCCUCCCUCUCCCCCGACGCACCUACUCCACCUCCUCUCCUCCCUCCUCUGCCAAGGGAACGUCGUCCUCUCCACCAACCUGAUCCAUAUCUCCCUCUCACUCCGCGACUACUCUGGGGCGCUCCUCCUCUUCCCCGACCUGCGGCGGAGGGGCCUUGCGCCCGACCUCAUCGCUUAGAUGCUUACAACUCCCUUGUUGACGCCCUCUCCAAGGCCAGCCUCUUCAGGGACGACCGCGGCAUGCUCGACGAUAUGCUCCACUCGCGGGUGAAGCCCGACGUCGCCACCUACUCCUGCAUCCUCACCGUGCUGAUCGAUUGGGAUAGGUACCUGGACGUGUUGAACCUGUUCACCGAGAUGCAACUGUCGAUGCUCGCACACAGGAGAAUGGGGAGCAUGUGAAUGCUAAGGAGAAGAUUGCAAGUCAUGAAAAACAGCCGGAGCAGGAUGAUAC